AUGAAGGCCUCACUCCUUUCCGCACUGGCGCUGUCCUUUGCGACUCAGGUGCUCGGAGCGCCCAACGUCGUCGCCAGGGACAAUUCCGGGUUUGACAAAGGACAGCCCAUCAGCAGCGAUGGCAAGGGUGGACCUAUCCUGGGUGGAACCAACCCAGCUCGAGACCUGGAGAACCCUGACAACUUGGGUCGCCAGUCUACCGACUCGGGUAUUGUUCCCAAUCUGAAGUGGAGCUUCUCCGACUCCAAGACUCGCCUGUUGAACGGCGGUUGGGUCAGAGAGCAGGUCAUCCAGGAUCUGCCGCAGAGCCACGACAUUGCUGCCGCUCAGCAGCAUCUCAAGAAGGGCGCGACCCGAGAGCUCCACUGGCACCGUGUCGCCGAAUGGGGCUUCGUCUACGCUGGCCGCGUUCUGAUAAAUGCUGUUGAUGAGAACGGCGUCUAUCAGAACGUCGAGCUGGGUCUUGGUGAUAUCUGGUACUUCCCCAAGGGAGUUGCACAUGCUGUGCAUGGACUCGACGAGGACAAUGAGUUCCUUCUUGUCUUCGAUGACGGUGACUUCGACAAGGCCGGAACCACCUUCAACAUCGAUGACUGGCUAUCACACACACCCAAGGAUGUUCUAGCCAAGAACUUUGGUGUUGACCAGAAGGUCUUUGAGAAGCUUCGCCAGGGCAGCCCGUACAUUGUCAAUGGCACCGUCUCCAACGGCGACGUUACGAAUGCUCCCGACUCCAAUGCCUCCGGAGACGCCUCUUUUGUCUACCGCACCCUCCAACACGAUGCCGAGAAGAUCGGCGGAAGCGGAGGUGAAUUCCGCAAGAUUGACUCGACCAACUUCCCCAUCAGCAAGACCAUUGCCGCGACCUACGUGACCCUCAAGCCCGGUGGCCUGCGAGAGCUCCACUGGCACCCCAAUGCCGAGGAGUGGCUGUACUUCCACAAGGGCAAGGCUCAGGCCACAGCCUUCACUGGUAAUGGAAAUGCCCGAACCUUCGACUUCUCCGCUGGAGACACUGCCGUGUUCCCGGACAACUCUGGCCACUAUAUUGAGAACGUCGGCACAGAGGACCUGAUUUGGAUCGAAAUUUACAAGGCCGAGAAGGUGGCCGACAUCUCGCUCACACAAUGGCUCGCUCUGACUCCUUCCGACAUCGUGGCCAACGUGCUCAACGUGCCACUUGAGUUCGCCAAGGACCUGAAGAAGGAGAAGCAGGUGCUGCUCAGCAGCGAGGAGCAGAAGCCGCACAGCAAGUAA